GAGGAUAUGGAAGGGGCUGGCACGAGGGCUGUCCUUGGCUGUGCCUUGGGGUGUACAUAGGGUCAAUGACCUGAAGGCCUGUCAGUCGUAGAUCCAGACAGAAUCAAUCCUUGGCUGGCAUCAGGUGUUCCACUAGCCUGGCCUGGGUGGGAGGACAGGUUCCUGUCUGUGACCCCUGCAGCUGUUAGGAUGAUUCAUGUCCCAACCUGGGUGUCUGGCCUAACAAGGAGACUGUCCCCUUGGAAUAAGGAAGGGGCACAGAGGAGGACUGGAUUGAAAGAGGCCAGGACUAUCUUAGCAGAGACUGGCAUCCUGCUCACCCAGAAGGGCACAGGUGAGGUGUCUGGGCAGGUCCUCAUUGACAUUGGUUCGGGCCCCACCAUCUACCAGUUGCUUAGUGCCUGCGCCUACUUUGAGGACAUCACCAUGACAGAUUUCUUGGAGGUCAACCGGCAGGAGUUGGGACUCUGGCUUCGAGAGGAGCCAGGAGCCUUUGACUGGAGUGUGUAUAGCCAGCAUGCUUGCCUCAUUGAGGGCAAGGGUGAGUCCUGGCAGGAGAAGGAACGCCAGCUACGAGCCAGGGUGAAGCGAGUCCUGCCCAUAGACGUGCACCAGGCCCAGCCCCUGGGAACGUCGAGCCUGGCACCCCUGCCCGCCGACGCCUUGGUUUCUGCCUUCUGCCUGGAGGCUGUGAGCCCAGACCUUGCCAGCUUCCAGCGGGCUCUGCAUCAUGUCACCACCCUGCUGAGGCCCGGGGGCCACCUCCUCCUCAUCGGCGCCCUAGAGGAGUCCUGGUACCUUGCUGGGGAGGCCAGGCUGUCUGUAGUGCCAGUGUCAGAGGAGGAGGUGAGGGAGGCCCUGGUCCUUGGUGGUUAUGAGGUACGAGACUUCCGUACCUACGUCAUGCCUGCCCACCUCCGCACGGGCGUAGAUGACGUCAAGGGCGUCUUCUUUGCCUGGGCUCAGAAGAUGGGGGUGCAGGUGUGAGGGCCCUAUACACCUGGUGUCCUGUGCCUCCCAAUUCCUUAUUACCUGACAAGGCACCUAAUAAAGAAACAGCCCCUGC